CAACACACGAUUGCAAUUGGCGCGCGCGCGAAUCGCCCUUCCAAAUCAACAUGGCGAACGCUCGGGGAGCGCGCCUCGUCUCAUAAAACAACCGGAAAAUCUCAUUCUCACGUCACUACACGUAAUUAUAAUUUCAACGAAUCGUCCACGGAUAAAAUGUUAUAGUGUCCGGUCUACGGGUGUGUUUAGUGAAUUCUUUUGUGUACAAAGUGAGUUAUUGUUUAUUGCAUGAGUGGUUCUCAUGGAGUGCCUGACGCACGGGACGAUGGACGCGAUUCACCUGCCAGCACCGAACAGCUAACGAAAUGUGGAGAGAAGGACAGGAGCGAACUGGACUGCGUGGCGGUAGGUAGUCGACUGCGUGGCGCCAUGGGGACCAGACCACCGGCCAGAUUCUGGCCACAGCUGUGGGCCACCGUCGUCAGGAACCUGCUGCUCAAGAAACGGGAUACCAGGAAGACCCUUGCUGAGGUGCUGGUCCCACUCUAUUCUCUGGGUGUACUGAUAUUCCUGAAGAUGCUGGUGCCGAACCCCAACUUCCCCGAGGUUCGGAAGCCAGGCCGGCUGCUCAGGAUACACCACGACGCCUUCCCGGAAAACCACUCGGUUGCUGUUGUUGCUGACUGGCUUAAUGCCAACGGAACAAUGGGUUUUCUGGAAGAGAUCAACAAUUUGCUCGCGGAGUCCCACCAGCAUCCGAUCCGCUGGAUCAAGUACAACAACAACUCGGAGCUGAAUGACGCGUACCACAACGACGCCAGGAACUUCCCCAUCGCCGUCAUCUUCCAUACUGACCCUACAUCCAAUACUGAAGCACUUAGGUAUACCAUCAGAACCAACCCAUCCCACAUAAGUACACCGUCCACCCGGACCCUGACGACCUCCCCAGCAAAAUGUCGUGAGAGGAGUACCACGAAGGACUGGUCUUCGGACUGGUCUAGAGGGGGGCAGCUCAUACCGCUAUCGGAGAUGCACAGGGAAGACACGUGUCCUGUGCUGCAGUAUUAUUACUCUGGAUUUUUGGCUUUGCAGACGCUCAUUGAUUAUAUUAAGAUUAAGUAUGACACAGAUGCCCCAAUCCCGCCUCCUAGAAUAGACCUUCGGCAGUUUCCAAAGCGCCAGCACACUGGUGACUGGCUGGUCAUCUUCCGGGUGAUCAUGCCCAUGUAUAUGGUGAUGACGCUCUCGCAGUUCAUCACCUACCUGCUAAUGUUCGUAGUUGGGGAGAAGGAGAAGAAGAUCAGGGAAGGAAUGAGGAUUAUGGGGCUGAAGGAUUCGGUGUACUGGGGUUCAUGGUUUUUAAUAUACGCAGUCUUCGUUACAAUACUAUCAAUCGUCAGUACUGUGCUUCUUUUUACACUAAAGGUUUUCCAGCAUUCAUCUUACAUCUUAAUAUUUUUGUUGAUGCUGUUGUUCGGUUUUACAAUCAUUACCUUCGCCUUUAUGCUGACUCCGUUCUUUGAUAGAGCUAGGACGGCAGGCAUCCUGGGCAGUUUCGCAGUGAAUCUGAUGAGCGGGCUAUACUUCAUCCAAGUGUUCGUCUCCAACGCGGACUCACUCGCCUUCUGGUUCGUCUCGCUCAUCAGCUCCAGCUGUUACGCUCUUGCUAUGGAUAAGGCAUUAGUCUUAGACAUGGCCGGAGUAGGAGUCACAUGGGAGAACUUAUGGAGCGGUCCAGGAGUGCCCUUCGGAGGCAGUCUCAUCAUGAUGGCAGUGGAUACCGUGCUGUACGGACUGGCUGCCUACUGGCUGGAUGCCGUUAUACCUAGUGAAUAUGGAAUCAAACAGAAGCCCUGGUUCUGCUUGCUCCCAUCUUUCUGGAUCGGUAGCAGACGCGGCCGGGUGUCCGCGGUACAUUUCCAUUCCAACGGCGAGGCAGCUUCUCAUAACAAGGAUAUUGAACCAGUUCCUAGGGAACUUCAAGACAAGGAAGCCAUCAGAAUCGUAGGCCUUCAAAAAAGCUUCCGUCACUGUCGCAAACCAGAAAUCAAAGCCAUAGACAACAUAGACCUGAGCAUCUAUGAAGGUCAGAUUACAGCUGUGCUGGGCCACAAUGGUGCUGGCAAGUCUACGCUUUUCAAUAUCCUCACUGGAUUGACAGCACCUACUAAUGGAACUGCUUAUGUAUAUGGACUUGAUGUUAGAGAUCCCAACGACAUGCACGAGAUUCGUCAAAUGAUCGGCGUAUGUCCUCAACAAGAUGUACUGUUCGAUCUACUAUCAGUCAAGGAGCAUCUGCAGUUCUUUGCUGCUGUUAAGGGUAUUCCUCGUAAAAGGCUGUCAGAAGAAAUUCACAAAGCUCUUUCAGAUGUCGGUCUACUAGAUCAAGCUAACGUGUUUUCUAAACAUCUAUCGGGAGGACAGAAGAGGAAACUUAGUAUAGCCAUCGCGUUUAUAGGUGAUCCUAAGAUAAUUAUCCUGGACGAGCCAACAGCGGGAGUAGACCCUGUCUCCCGUCGUCAGACGUGGCGCAUCCUUCAGAGAGCCAGGCAUGGCAAGGUGCUGUUACUGACGACCCAUUUCAUGGAUGAGGCUGAUAUACUUGGUGACAGGAAGGCUGUCAUCAGUAAAGGCAGGGUCCGAUGUGCAGGCACAUCAUUGUUCUUGAAAAAUAAAUUCGGAAUUGGAUAUCACUUAACUUUGGUGUUGGACGGAGCAUGUCGAGAACACCAAAUCACCCGCCUAGUCCGAGGCCACGUGCCUCGUGCUGAGAAGGCUCGUCGUCACGGCAGAGAACUCUCCUAUAUCUUGCCUCACUACGCCGUGCAUCUGUUCCCACCGCUGUUUAAUGCUAUUGAGCAGGAGAUUAAGGAGAAGACUAAUAGACUGGGAAUCACAAGCUACGGUGUAUCAAUGACAACCCUGGAAGAAGUUUUCCUUAGUUUAGAAGGAGAGAACGCGGAGGAGACGGAGGCAGUUGAAGGUGUGUCAUCGGUUAAAUUAGUGAGGGCUCGUGCACUCUCCAGGAGUUUGUCGUUACAAAGCAAGACGCUUAGUUAUCAGGAGUUGAAUGACAAAGAAGGUCAGAAAGCAACAUCGUUACCGACUCCACCUGCGUCGCACGCGCUACAUUCCACCACUCAUGGCGUCGAACAUGUCAAGGUGGCUCCAGAAGUCCCGAUCUCAGUGGAUGCUCUGGGGGAAACAGUGAAGACGAACCCAACUUGUUGGAGAACAUUCUGCGCACUCGUCUACAUUAGGAUGAUGCGCAUGAUCCGGGAUCCAUACAAGCUUUAUGUUAUGAUCUUUAUGCCUAUUAUAUCCUGCGCACUGGGUCUCUACAUGAAAUCCAGACAAAUCGUCUUCUUCCGAAUGCAGCCGCUCAAGCUAGACCCCAACGCAUAUUUCAACAAGACCCCCAUAGCUGUGUACAGUGAACAGGACAAUUUCAAAGAAAUCACAGACCUUAGGGACUCCUUAGAGUCUUUGGGAGCAUUCCCUAUCAUAGACUUUGAUGGGAACUUCUCGAGUCUUCUAGACAUGGAGAAUUUUGGGGCAUUCAGCUUGAGAGAUAGCUUGAUACCCUAUGGGAAAAUCAUGGCCUAUUACAAUAGUACUUAUACGCACAGUUUGCCUAUCAUUGUUAAUUUGUUGGACAAUAGUGUUUAUAGGGUCCUAAUGUCAGCAUCAGGUAUGAUGGAGAGCUUCAAGCCGAUAGAAGUGCUAGCGCAUCCCUUCCAGCAGACGGAACAACAGGAGGAGUUCAACUUGGGCAACGUGGUGUGUGCCAUAUUCAUGGGCAUGAUCUUCGCGUUGGUUCCUGUUACUUUGGCUGUUGAUAUCGUUUAUGAUCGUGAGAUCAAAGCCAAGAACCAGUUGCGAGUGAACGGGCUGUCGAUGAGCAUGUACUUCCUCACGUACUUCACCAUACUGAUCUUUAUUAUGAUCCUCACCAGCGUCGGAGUACUCGUGUUGGUAAUCCUCAACGAUAUCCCGAGCUUAACCAACGGCUCAGCGAUCACGAUGCUCUCCGGCCUCCUCCUACUCUACAGUCCGUCCGCCAUCUUGUUCAACACGUGUCUGUCGUACAUCUUCGACAAGAUGGACUCCGCGCAGAGUAUCAUGCCGAACAUAACCACGUGGGUUGGCGUCAUACCCUUCAUAUUGGUUGCGGUUCUUGAUACUUUUAAAUGGGGUAGCGACAUAGCCUUCUACUUGCACUUAGUGUUCAGUUUUCUGGAUGUUAUGUACAUACCUUACGCCAUCAUAUACUACGUUGAUAGGGUAUACGUAACAUGCAACCUCCGUGGUCUCUGCACUACUCCGGCGCUGAGCAGCUACUUCACAGCCGAGGUGUGGGUGCUGGUGGCGGCCAUGUUGCUGCACGUGCCGCUCUGUGGCGCCGCGCUCCUCGCCGCCGACAGGCUCAAGUCCGGCGGCAGGAUAUGUCCUCGCAAGCGCAGCACGUCGGAGAGCGGCGGCCAGGCGGAGGCGGAGGCGGGCGGCGAGGCGUGCGAGGACGCGGACGUGCGGCGCGAGCGGCGCCGCGUGCACGCGCUGCUGCGCCAGCCCUCGCACAGCGCGCCGCCGCUCGUCGUGCAUAACUUACGCAAAGAAUACAAAGUCCGCGGCACCGGCAGCGGGGGUUCCUGCUGGUCGCACCAAGAAGAAACUUCUUCUCGUGCGCGGUCACGGUUCGUGGGGCUCCAGCGUCUCAGCCUGGCAGUUGAGGGGGGGGAGGUGUUUGGUCUGCUGGGGCAUAAUGGCGCCGGGAAGACUACUACAAUGAAGAUCAUAACUGCCGAGGAGAGGCCUACUAAUGGCACUGUAAUGCUAGGCAGUCAGAACAUCGACGACUCUCAGGCGUCAGCGUUCAUGAUGCUGGGCUACUGCCCGCAGCACGACGCGCUCUGGAAGAACGUCACCAUCCGGGAGCACAUCGAGUGCUACGCCGCCAUACGGGGCGUUAGCAAGGCGGAUACUCCUAGGAUAGUAGACGCAUACCUAAACGGUCUCCAAAUAAUGGAGCACGCGGGCAAGAACGCGGAGGAGUGCUCGGGCGGCACGCGGCGCAAGCUGUCGUUCGCGCUGGCCAUGGUGGGCAGCCCGCGCGUCGUGCUGCUCGACGAGCCCUCCACCGGCAUGGACCCGCGCAGCAAGCGCUUCCUCUGGGACACGAUACUGGCGAGCUUCCAGGGUAAAAAAGGUGCUAUACUAACGACACAUUCCAUGGAAGAGGCUGAUGCUUUAUGUUCCAGAGUCGGCAUCAUGGUCAAAGGUGGCCUCAGAUGUAUCGGCUCAACACAACAUUUGAAGAAUUUGUACGGUGCUGGAUACACAUUAGAAAUGAAGAUUGGUAACAGCAAUCAAAAGAGUACUAUGAUGGAGACGGAGUCACUGUCGCCGUCACCGCUCAGAUCGAAUGAAAACUCGCCGUCAUUAGGAGAAGCUGAUGAGGGCGGGUCGGGUGGGGGCUCCGUGUGCGCGGAGGCGGAGGGCGAGGCGGAGGCGGUGGACGCCAGCAUUCACACGCCGCUCGUGGCCGGCACCCCACCGCCGCCCAGGCUGCAGCAUCAUCGGACGGAGUCCGGUGGUGGUGGCGCGAACGCCGAGGCGGCGAUAGCUCUGGUGGGCCAGAUAUUCCCGGCCGCAGUGCUCGAGGAGAGCUUCGCGGAGCGGCUGGUCUUCUCCGUGCCGCAGUCUGCUGUCUCCAGUCUCGCCAGGUGUUUCCAGCAGAUUGAGGACGCGAAAGAAAAACUAAAUAUAGUCGAGUACAGCUUCAGUCAAACGACUUUGGAGCAAGUGUUCCUGAAAUUCGCACAAUCUGAGAACGUCGAUUCGUCAGACCAAGAACAUUAAACCGUUGAUAGUAUUGUAAGUAUUACGUCACUGUUCUGACUUAGCUAAAAAUUCAAAUUUGAAAAAAGAAUCGCGAAUAAAAAACAGCCAGUCUUUAUGUCAUCGAGGCAUAGAUAAUCAGCUUAACUCUUUGGUAAGCAAAGUUAAAAAAGAAUUUACUUAAAUAAAUUAGAUUUCUCAGUCCCCUGGCUAGUGUAGUUCUUUAACGAAUAUUUAUAUCAAAGAUAUAUUUAUUACUUGUUAUCUGUUACGUGUUAAGAUUCUCGUAAAUAUGGCAGCUAAUGAAUACAAUAAAAAAAAUGUAAAUGCUAAAGCAUUUUUGGUACUUUAGGUCGGCAGAGUCAAAACAGUGACAUAUAUUGUGCUUUUUUGAAAAGAAAAUGUAAUAUAAAAUAAGGAUCGCUUCUGAUAUUACAAUAUUGUGUAGUUUAUUUAGUUGUGUUCUGUUUAUAGCCUGGGAACUGAUUGGUAACUUUUGAUGUGAAUAAAGUAUACCUAA